ACUUUGACAUUACAAUUUAACUUAACCUAAAAAUAAUAAAGAAAUCGAAAUAUCGAAAUAAAUUUAUUUCCUUUCAUACUUUCAAUAUCAAAGUACUUUUUUAAAAGUAGAUAUCAAAAUGUUCAAUGCUACUACGGUACAUAAAAACAUCUCGUGGUGUAGUUAUUUAGUAAUCCAAACGCGCCUCAAAACCAAAACACACUGGGCUAAAUUAAAGAGAAAAACAAGCCCAAAGUACAAGGCUUUGGACCAUUUCGAUGAUUUCUAUGGGUCUGUAUUUGGACCAAAAUGGGAGCCAAUGCGAGAAGCAAUGCUUCGCCGAAAUAAAUAUGUGGCUGUCGUAAACAACUAUGGAAAUACUGAGGAAACUAUGGAUUAUCUCAUCAACAGAGGUGCACAUUGCUUGAAAAAUCUAAUAUCUAUACAGAAUGAUUUCCACAAAGAAUUUCAACCCAAGGUGGAAAAAUCUGGAGAAAUGAAGAGUACAGAAGAAAAAUCAGAUAAAAAACUAGAAACUUUUGCAAGUCGCCUGCAAAGUGAAGAUAUAGCCAGCGUUUACCCUCAGAAAGACAGUGCUCCUACUAGAUUGGAUCUAGCUGAUAUUUCAUUGAAUUCCAGAGAAUCUUUAAUGUUGUCUACUGAGGAAACAAAAACACCGGCCAACGCAACAUUAGACAAAUCAAUUGAAGAAGCAACUAUAGACACAUCCCGGAUCAUUGACCCGUCUUUGGGGCUGACAUCAGAAUCUCUGUACCAGUACAUACCGGCCACUAAGCUGAAGGGCAUGGAUGACUGGCUACCAGAGUCACUACACUACUCUUUUUAUACCAAGGGUAAAGAUUUUCCGCUAGUAAUUGAGCCGGAAACAGAGAUGACGUUCCCGGAGCAUCUGAAAGUGUACACGUAUGAGAUGGAUAGCGAGUGGAGCAUGUUCCCAGAACCCAGAAGAUGUAACACAGGGGUGUUCAACUAUUACCCAAUGGACUGCGGCAGCGUGUUGUCGGUCCUGGCGCUGUGCCUGCAACCCGGCGACCGCGUGCUGGACCUGUGCUCCGCGCCGGGCGGCAAGGCGCUCGUGGCGCUGCAGACGCUGCUGCCCGACCUCCUCGUCUGCAACGACGUGUCCAUCUCCAGGACCAACAGACAAAAACACACUUUCCGCAACUAUCUGUCAGAUUUCGACAACAAUGCCAAGUGGCUGGAGAGGGUGUCCUUCACCAGGGUCGACGGCAGGAGGUUCACGGAUGACCAGGGGUUCGAUAAGGUUUUAGUCGACGUUCCGUGCACGACCGACCGUCACUCAAUCACAGAGGACGAAAACAACAUAUUCCGGCCGGACCGGAUCAAGGAGCGGCUACGGCUGCCGGAGCUCCAAGCGCAGCUUUUGGCCAACGCGUUGCGUUUGGUCCGCGUGGGCGGCGCCGUGGUGUACUCCACGUGCGCGCUGAGCCCGGUGCAGAACGACGGGCCCGUGCAUCUGGCGCUCAAGAUGGCCUUCGAACAGGACUCCGUCGUGGCUGUGGUCAAAGACCUGACUCCGGCCUUCUCGGGCCUGAGCAGCACACUGCGGCUGUGCGCCGGGGACUCCGCCCCGCAGUACGGGCAACUGGUGACACCAUCCACAGAGGCUAACUUUGGCCCCUCGUACAUCGCCAGACUCGUUCGGGUUAAGUGAAUUUGUAGGUAACGUUUCUCAUCGAUUUUUUUUUUAAUUAAAUUAUCUUAGUAAAAUUCUUUAUAUUACAUUUGUACCUUUUGUUUUAGUUCGUGAACGUUGAAGACUAAAUUAGAGAAGUGUUAAAAAAAUCCGGUGUAAUAUCUAUGGUAUCGAUCGUCUAUAGUCUGAGAAAGUCCCAAUAAUUCGUAUAUAUUUGUGGAUUGCUUAAUUUUUAUGUCAGUCAUGUUUUCACACGAGACAAAAUUAAACAAUUUACGAUUUGCCGUAACGUUUGGCAAGCAUGUGUACUAGACUCAACAUUUUUCGCAGUAUAUAUGCGAAAAAAUUUAUGUAAUCGUGUAAAAUAUCUGUUAUUAUACCCCUUAAGUUGUAAAUAUGUACAUAAAAUAAAACAAUUGUUGCUGA